UUUCUGAUUUCCAUCUUAUAAGGUAUUUUAAAUUUCAGCAACUUUUCAUUAACGCUACUUUGUGUGUAGCAAAAAUGGCUGAUGAUACUAUGUUUCAAAGUCUUUUGAAUUCCGUUGCCCAGCUCAAUAAGGCUUAUGUGAGCGAAUAUAUAUCUGGUACUCAAUUAAACUAUUUGGCGGUCGUGAUUGCAUUAUUUGGACUUUGCGUGUUAUUUCUUUACUAUAUUUUUACUUCUGAAAAUGAGAAGACAAAGAAUGAGACAAAGAAUGAAACAAAGAAUGUUGUGACAUCGGAAGGCCAAAAGAUUAAAGAUGAGAUGCUUUCAGAAAUUCGAAAUCUUUUCCAGAAUUAUUCUCGCACAAAUGGACAACAAGAACAGUCAUUGGUUAGUAAGCAGUCUCCAUUGGAUAUUACACCAUUAAUAACUGCCUUUGACCAAAAGAUUGCAAAUAAGUAUUUCAGCUUUGAUUAUGACAACUUUAAUUAUUCUGCUAAAAAUUUGAAUGGGCUCAGCAUAAUUCCUGCCGAUACAUCCAAUUUUCCAUAUUUUGAAUGUGGUGUUUUCCCUGACAAACAUUUUCAACUUGAGAAAAUAUUAUUUCAUUGGGGAUCACGUCAAAAUAAUGGAAGCCACCAUUUUAUCGACAACGAAGGAUUUGCUGGUGAAAUUCAAUUCAUUCAUCGCAACACAACUUUUUCUUCAAUGAUGCAGGCACUGAAGUAUCCAGGCGAUCCAGGCGCAUUGUUCAUUUCAGUUUUAUUGCAGCAAGGAACAGAAGACAAUCCAGCACUUGAACCAUUGAUGGACGUACUCACUCAAGUAGAAUAUCCUGGCACUGAAUCUUCGCGUUUAAAGAAUUUCAAACCUUCUCAACUUAUUCCGGCUGACAGGAACGAAUUUUGGUUAUAUGAUGGGUCUGAAACUACUGAGCCGUUCCGUGAAACGGUCAAAUGGAUUUUAUUGCAUGCUAAAUUAUCUAUAUCUCUCAGCCAAUUACAAAAGCUUCGGGAAUUACGUAAAACUCGCAAAGAUCAUGAACUGCAGCGUUUACUUCUUUCUAAUCGAGACAUUCAGCCUGUAAAUGGAAGGAUUGUCAAGUCGUCUUUUUUGUGGAAGGGGUUGUAA